AUGCUGACCAGUGCCAGACCAGAUCCUCCGCCGGACGUGCUCCAGACAUUGGUCAAGCUGUACAUCGACCGAAUCGCAGACCAACCUCUGCCUCUCUUUGACGUCAAAAGAUUGCCUUCUCGUGCGCAGAAAUUCUCAAGAGGGCUUUUAAGAAGCUUUCUUGCCUUGACUGUCAGAUACUCGGACAGUGAUUUCUACAGCAACGGCCGAUUCCGCGCCGUAGACUUCUACAAGAAUUCGGCGUCAGAAUUGUUGUUUGCCCAGGCCGCAGAGCCCUCUGGCGACCUGGAUACUUUGAUGGCUUUCUGCCUGCUGUGCCUCAGCGAGAUUGCAGAUGGGAAAACAACAAGAGCUUGGAUGGCUCUAGGCGUGGCUGUGCGAAUGGCCGUAUGCUCCAACACAAUGUUCAAUGCCGCCACGAGUACGACAGUCUCUGCAAACUCCGAGCUGUCCAGAUGUUGCUGGAGCCUGUUCAUACUUGACCGAAUGCACGGGAGCAGCUUUCGUUGUCUUCCGGCCAUUUCUAGUGAAGAGGCUAUGCCUGAGAUGCCCCCUAUUGCAAAACGGCCGUCAUUAACUCUGCCAAACAGACUCGCGGAGUUCGAGGGUGCGGAGGAGAAGGACGCCGGUAUUAGCUCCUACGCUUUACAGUUAUUGUCUAUAUGGGGUCGCUUGAUGUCGUACCUCAAGACCAUCAAACAGGGCAAUCUUGAAGAGCCAUGGGCCGCCAACUCGGUGUAUCAACAGAUCAAGUCGGAAAUGUCUCGGUUCGAAACUGUGCUUCCGGAAGCCCACCGAUUCAAGAACAACAGGUUUCAUGACAGGACACCUUCAGAGCUGGAAGAGCAGCGUGCCUAUUGGUCAGCUUGGGUCUUCACACAAUGCAUCUACCACACGAUACAUUGCACCUUGAACCACCCCUUUCUCCAUAUUGCUAGGAUCCCAGGUCGACCACGACUGCGCUCUCCGUCGUUCCUUCAACACGCAACUGACCAAGCGGUACUGCACUCGGCCUGGGUCGUCCUUGUUCUAAGAUUAUGCGAGGAAAAGCACUUUACCAUCUUCGAUCCGUUUGUCGGUCACUUGGCCUCGAUGAUUACAACUGCGCAGUUCUUUUUGAAAUUCUCAAAGGACGAGUCGCUGGCAGCAAGGGCCUCGAAAGAUUUUGAAAUGCUGAGAAGCUAUGUCGAGAAAAUGGCGAAUACCCACAGUCACCUGCUGCACACCGUUUCGAAGCUUUCUAGACUUGCACAUUUCGCAACAUCACACGUCUAUGCGGCUUCGAACAGUCCACCAAAGGUCGAGACUGCACUAUUAUGGGAUCUGCUCGACUAUGCGGUGUCAUCGUCACCCGUUGUCGACAGCGGCGACUCCUCCGACAAUGUGGAACUGAACGUGAAUACUCAGUUUCUAUCACCAAUCAACCCAGACACACCCUUACCGCGAACAGCCCUACAUAGCUCUCAAGAACUUAGCUUGUCUGGGCCAACCAUGUGGAGUGAUGCAACGUUCGAAUUCGACAUGGCUGAUAUCUCGAACUUGCCUGAUAUGUCCCCCUUGAUGACGCAAAGUGAGAUCUGGACGGGUGGUCACCUGUGA